GAUCUCCAUUUGUUGUAUCGAAACAAAAUAAAGGAAACCUCGACUAUCAGGUGCUCGUGUUUUUUUCUUUUAAACUGCCUCUUGUUCACCACUCCACUACUGCAUUUUCCUCUUCUCUUUGGCUGAAAGUCAUGUAUCAACCCUUCCUUCGAGGAAAAACGGCCCUUGUCACCGGCGGGCUUGGCAGCAUCGGCGAAGCCAUCUGCAUCGAGCUUGCGAAAGUGGGCUGCAGUGUGGCCGUGAAUGGCCGCCAGGACACACCCACAACCGCCAUCAUGGAGCGUAUAAAAGCCGCCGCACCGCAUCACGGCAAGGUGAUCUACGCCCCCGCCGACAUGAAAGAUCGGGCCUCCAUGGCGAGCAUGGUGAAGGCGGUGGAGGCGGAGUUUGACCGCAUCGACAUCUUGGUGAACUGCGCCGGUGUGCAGCACGUCGGCCUGGUCGAUGAGCUGCCGGUGGAGGACUGGGACGACAUCAUUGAUGUGAACCUGAAUUCGGUGUUUCACAUGGUGCAGCUCGUCCUGCCUCUCAUGAAGCAGCACAAGUGGGGCCGUAUCGUGAACAUCUCCUCCAUUCUGGGUCUGGUGGGGAAUGCGAGCAAGACGGCCUACAGCGCCAGCAAACACGCCGUAAUAGGGCUCACCAAGUCGGUGGCGCUCGAGACCGCGUUGAUGGACAUUACGUGUAAUGCGGUCUGCCCCGGUUUCGUGGACACGCCGCUACUGCGCAAAGAAAUUGUGAAGAUGGCCGACGAGUCCUACGGCGGGGAUGUGGAGAAGGUGACGCUGCAACUCAUGACAGAGAAGCAGCCAUCGCUGCAGUUUGUCUCGCCCGAUGCGGUGGGCCAGGCGGUGGUGUUUCUGUGCAGCCCGGCCGCGAAGGAGAUGCGGGGGUCGGCGCUGUCCAUCGAUGGCGCCGGCUCUGCGGGCUGA